CAAUAUCAAGAAUUCAGCAUUGCAAUUGCAUCUUUCAUACCCCCCUUUUUACCAUGACUCGUUUUACUUCCUUCCUCCUGACCCUGACUGGCUUCCUUCAGUCUGCAUCAUCAGCUGCAGUGGACACCAGUCAAGACCUCGUUCCCGCCAGCAAGUCUCUAUCGGCUCGCCAAAACAUCGAGUCCAACACCCCCUUGCUCAAAUAUUUCAUAUCGCCAAAAGGGCAAAUCCCGAGAUGCCCAAACGACGCAGAGCAAGUGCCAUACACCAAAAAAGACUACUACUACAAAUGCGAAAAAGACGGCCACUUCGCCGAAGGAUUCUCCAGAGUGAAUAUCAAGCAUUGGUGUUGUUUCAACCCAGUGCAGGAGAUUUUCUUCUUCCCCGAAGCACAUGUCAACUUUUUGGGUGGACAGACUGUCACCCCCGAUUCAAACAUCAUGAUUGAUGGCGCGGAUUGCUGCCGUAAUACCAUCAGAGGUCGAUGCAACAUGGAACGAGAUCUCAGGGACUUGCAGCUAUGA